AAGAGAGCAAAGUUCUUGUGCUCCAACAUAAUUCCAACAACUCCUUCUAAAAAGAACAGUGGAUGUACUUGGCGCUAAAAGUCGAGUAAAAACAAAACGAAAAAGAUUUUUUUGAAUCUGAAGAAAUCACAGCUUUGUUGUGCAGUUCACUCUAUUCCAUCAGCUAAGAACCACUGAAUUUCACAAAGCUAUCACGAACGAGUAACCGCAUCCUUGACGAAGGAGCUUCGUACGAGACUCGCAAUUUUCAUCGACACAAAUUAAGAGAAGCUUGCACGUGCGUCGACAGACUACCGUAACAACUUCUACCGUGUUGGAAAGAUCGUGUUCCACUCAGUUGUACUCUGUUUGAAGACCUGCAGGAGCGCUGCGACAGCGAGAGCGACUACAGGCACUUGUGCCGGACACGACUUGCUUUGGAUUGGCGAAGUUGCGACAGUCUCUGCCGCACACUUGAUUGCGGCAAAACCAAAAUGCUAGGGAAUUCACAACGUGCCGGUCAUGAGGACUGUUACUGCUGUCUCUUCGUACCGCAGGAUAGUGUUGCAAUCAUAGAACACUUCGGAAAGUUCGACCGCGCAGCGCCAGCAGGAUUUCUUUGUCUCAAAUGCCCAGGCGUGUGGGUAGUCAGGGACCUCGUCACGCUCAGGGUGCAGCAGCGAUUCGUCGAGGUCGAAACGAAGACAAAAGACAAUGUCUUCGUGCAGAUACAAGUGGCUGUACAGUGUACUAUUUGAUACGUUCUUCUAGCAUUUUAGUUUCAUAUUCAUAUUUGUUCCGCUUCCGGCCCUCCUGGUUCAUUAAGAACGAUGAUAUAAAAAUCAUGAUAGAUAAUGUACAGAUGGUAUUACAACUUCUGGCAGCAUAAAUGAUUGAUUCGUCCCCUCUUUCCAACUUUCAGUUGAAGUGAUUCCGGGUCGAGUGGAGGACGCCUACUACCGAUUAGCACAACCAGCAGCGCAGAUCUACGCUUAUGUCUACGACGCGGUACAGUCUUCUGAUACAUCAUGAUCUUCUGACUCAUCAAUCAUCAUUGGAAGAUCUUCUCGUAAUGAAAAUGAUAAUCAUAAGAAGAAGAUGAAUACUUCCUUGACUUACUUACCAUACUUAUAUAUACUUCCCUUACCUAUAACCUAUUCUUGCUUGAUGUGCAACACUUUUUGCCUCUACUCGUGUCCGUUCUUUAUGAAUUGGGGAGUUUCCACCUUGCGCAUUUCCACCCUUGCCAGAAAAGAAAAAAAAAACUUUCACGAUGAGCGAGGUUGCUUCGGUGCCUGACUAGGCUUUGGCACUUCGCGACACCUUGCGACUACUGCAUGUAGACCCCAUUCCAGGCGUCAGCGCCAUCGGUUGGAAGCGACACCCGACGGAGAGAGAGGCGGGCCAAAGAGAUGGGCAAAAGGUGGCCUUCCUUCUGCAGUUGGUCGAUGCUUCUGACCAUCGCUAGAAACCCGAAGGAGACCAGAUCCGCAACCGUCGCAGUGGGGCGAUUGGUCACGAUUUUGCCCACUUCCACCCUUACCCGAGAAAAGCCUGAUCAGAUCUUGGUCAGGUGCCUCAAUUUGGGACAGGGUGGACCAGGGCAAAAACGUGACAUCCCGAUGGCGUCAUAUUUAUUGGGGUGAUUGGUCACGUUUUUGCCCACUUCCACCCUGUCCCGAAUUUCUCCAAUUUGAGUCCAGGAGGCCUGCCAAAAUGCUGGACAGGGUGGAACAAGGCAAAAACGGGACCAACCACCCUAAUGCGACGCCAAGAAAAGCCCAGGCCUCGCGAAAUCUGGCCUCAGGUCUCGGUGGAUCCGAUCAGGGCGAGAGGGUGGACGACCUGACCCGAACCCCCGACCCAACACCCCAUGGCCUCUGAGGUUGUCUGUUGAAAGCCCACAUCUGUCGCCCGCCGCGCAUGCCUGCCCUGUAAAUCCACCAGCAGCCGCUGCCACUCUCAUGAGCAACUUGGGCCAAUGGGAUCACUAUCCCACUUUCCUCCAAAAAACAUUUUUUUUUUCAUUCAGGGGUAGAACCAGGCAAGGUGGAAAGUCCCCACUUCAUAUUCUUUGAGGUGGAAAAGCGCAUCGUUGUACAAACCCUUUUCAGGUCCGAUCAACCAUUCCUAACAUGAAUCUGGACGAGGUUUUUGAGAACAAGAGCCAAGUUUCGGCAGAAGUGGAGACUCAGGUGGCAGAAGCGAUGAUGAGUUUUGGUUACAAAAUUCACGGAGCGUUGAUCGUGGAUGUACUUACUUUUUUUUGUAUAAUUCUUUUUUGAGUGAAUCUGAGUAACUCCUGUAACACGCCAUCUACAGAGGGAUCGUUGGCAUCGAAUAUUAUGUGUCUCCGACUUCUGAUUUGCGUGGGAUACAAGUUUACCAUGAGUACACGGCCGGUACUCACUGAAGAAAGCUACAAAAACCAUCUCCGCCAAUAUAUCAUUCUCAUCUUCGAUUUCGAUAGUCCCCUACGCGCGACCUACGGUGUCCUCCAUUUCAAUUGAUGUCUAGAUAUCUCCCGCAGCAGCAGUGAAGAAUAGUAUGAAUGAAAUCAACGCCAACAAGAGGAAGCGGAUUGCUGCUGCAGAGGUCGCGGAGGCGCAGAAAAUUUUUUCAAUAAAACGUGCAGAGGCGGAGGCUGAGAGCAAAUAUCUUCAAGGUAUUUUUAGUCUUGAAGUUGUAUCUCUUAUUUUUUUUGGAUCGUGUAAUUUCUUUAUCGCCACGAAGGUAUGACAUGACACGACUCUCCUUUCAAUAGCCCACAUCCAUGUACGUAGUGCAGUCGGUUUUCCCACAACAUGUUCAUUUUCUACGUCCUCCUCCUGUUCCAUCAGGUGAGGGCAUCGCGCGGCAGCGACGAGCUAUUGUUGAAGGACUCAGAGAUAGCGUGAACGAGUUCUCAGAGCGGAUUGAGGGCAUGAAGGCAAAGGACGUCUUGGAAUUGGUCUUGAUAACGCAAUAUUUCGACACACUCAAGGAUAUUGGAGAAAAAACUACGACAAGUACCGUGUUUGUGCCACAUAAUCCGGGAGCAUUAGGUCAAUACUCGAAAGAAAUCCGAGAUGGAAUGGCAAAGUAAGAGUUUUUUGGCUCUUUACUUCCUGAUUUUCUUAGCAUGUGAACUUCCAGCCUGCAAUAACGUCUUUUCUCCCUUCUUUUCUAAGACUUUCACUGCGCAAAAGUUUUAGAUUGUUGUGACGACCAUGACCAACCUUUUAUUUUGGAUUUGGACGUCGUAUUGGUAGUAUCCCCUUCCUCUCCUCCUGAUUCACGAAAGUACCUCUGAAUCUCCAGGCUACAGUACUUUUAGACCCGUAUCACGUUACCAGACGCGUGCUGUCAGGUAUACAAU